UCGGCGGACCGUUCACAGACGGGCCACAAGGAGCUUGCGUCCCCGAUCGAUCAUUUCGCCGGCACUCGUUCGUGGUAUCACAUCCAAGGUCGUUUUGGAAAAGAGUCUCGACAGAUAUUGCUGUUGACAUCUCUGGAAAAGUGAGCAAGAGACUACAGGUUUAGAAUCGAAGCUAGGUCUAGUCGAAUACAUCAAUUAGAGCAAUCCCAUCAAGAUCCACGUGUUUUGGCUCAGAAAGAAUUGAUUUUUUCUUAGAAAGAACUUAUAUCAAACAACCAGACUUGGUAAGAAGAUUCAUUCAUCGAGAUAUCGAGAAACGCUGAAAACCAUAUUCUCUCAAGGAAAUCCACAGAAAGAGGAAAAAAAUAAAGAGAGAGAGAAAGAGAGAGAGAGAGAGAGAGAGAGAACGGAGAGUCUCUUAGUGAAGAAAACUGUGAUUGUGCCGGAAAAAUGAUUUCUAUCAGCACCACGACGUAUUUCCUGCUGGCUGUCAGUCUGGUGGCCUUGAUUUUGAUCCUGGUGGAGUAUAUUAGAACGAAGAAGUCACCGAAGCAGUUGGACGACAGCGGAGAGGCGUCCACCUUGAAGGAUCCACCUGGACCCAAACCAUGGCCAAUUCUGGGCUCCCUUCACAUCUUGGGACGCUACGAUGUACCUUACAAGGCUUUCGGCGACCUCGUCAAAAUAUACGACAGCCAGGUGAUCAAGCUCACAAUGGGAUCCCUGCCUUGCGUCGUAGUCAACGGAUUGGAAAACAUCAAGGAGGUCUUGGUCGCCAAAGGUCACCACUUCGACUCCAGGCCGAACUUCAUCAGAUACAAUCUUCUCUUCUGCGGCAACAAAGAGAACUCUCUGGCGUUCUGCAACUGGUCCGAGAUGCAGAAAACACGAAGAGAGAUGUUGCGGGCGCACACAUUUCCGCGCGCCUUCACCACCCGAUACAAUCAACUGAACGGCAUCAUUGGCACCGAGAUAGAAACGCUACUCGAUUAUCUGAGCAACACCGCCGGCGCUAGUUUGCACGCCAAACCGCUGAUCCUGCACACGUGCGCGAACAUCUUUCUCGAGUACUUCAGCUCGCGUAGCUUCGGUCUCGAGGACGGUGAUUUCCGCCAAAUGAUCGAGAACUUCGACAAGGUGUUCUACGAGGUUAAUCAAGGUUACGCCGCGGACUUUAUGCCGUUCCUAAUGCCGCUGCAUCAGAGGAACAUGACGAGAAUGGCCAACUGGAGUCACGAGGUCAGAAAGUUCGUGGAGAAGAACAUCAUUGGGGAUCGCCUCGCCAACUGGAAAUCGGUCUUGCCCGAAGAGGACUACGUCGAUUGUCUGAUCAAUCAUAUCAAAACUGACGCCGAGCCCAAGAUGACCUGGGACACGGCGAUAUUCGCCCUGGAGGAUAUUCUCGGAGGUCACUCGGCGGUUGGCAAUCUUCUCGUCAAGAUCCUGGGUUACCUGGUCACUCGACCGCACGUGCAGAAAGCGGCACAGAUGGAAAUCGACAGAGUCGAGACUUCGAGCAGAUACGUCGGUCUGGAAAACAGGGGAAGCAUGCCGUAUACGGAAUCUAUCAUUCUCGAGGCUAUCAGGCUGAUCGCCAGUCCCAUCGUGCCGCAUGUGGCCAAUCAAGAUAGCUCAAUAGCUGGUUACAAAAUUGAAAAAGACACAUUCAUUUUCCUCAACAACUACGACCUGAACAUGUCUAAAGAGCUGUGGACGUCUCCCGAGGAAUUCAUGCCCGAGAGAUUUGUGCAAAACGGCAAACUCUUGAAACCGGAACACUUUUUGCCGUUCGGCGGCGGCCGAAGAUCCUGCAUGGGUUACAAAAUGGUCCAAUACAUCAGCUUCGCGACCAUAGCCACGCUGUUGAAAAACUUCAACAUCCUGCCGGUAGAAAAGGAAAUCUACAAAGUUCCUAUCGGUAACUUGGCGCUUCCAGAAAAAACUUUCAACUUCCGCUUCGAAUUACGGUAGGAUAAGAAAACGCGAUGAGAAAAAAUUCAGUUGUUUUGCGACCGAGGUUUACAUGUUAGAUGCUAUAUGCGAUUUCGUUAAUGUUUGACGCGCGAUUCGAUCGCGAGCUGGGCUCGAAAGACUUAUUCGAUCACGCGGAAUAUCAACGAUCGUAGGAUCGAUUUGUCGCGAAAUGCGAGAUACGGUAACAGGCGAUUUGCAAUCACGUUAGCAGUUGAUGAUAAUGAACGGUAGAAACGUAAUUAUAUAAACGGGAUAAAUAACGUAAUUAUAUCUCAACGGGACAUUUUAUUAAUAUUACGCGUAGCGGAAAAAGAGAAAGAAAAUAAGUGAGGAAGAAAGAGAACGAAUGAGUGAGUGAGUGAGUGAGAAAGAGAGAAAGAGAGAGAAUGAGUAGAGAGAACUAGCAGCUAAGAAGAGGCUUUUGACUCCAACGAAGCUUUACUGGUUUUAGGGAGGAUUAGAUGCGCGAAAACGAAUCAGAGAAAUUAUUCGAUUUGUGGCACUGAUAGAGCUUUACUGACAUUACUAGAUCAUUAAGAUAUGUAGUUGAUCCGUAUCCAGACUCACGUCCCUAGGCGCUGAACUUGCGAGAAGCGCCUAGUUUACGUUGGUCGUAAUUUCAGUUGCUUUAAAUUUUGACAAAUUUUUUUUUAUAUUUUGUGUAAUUUAAUUUGACUAAAAAAUUUUACA